AUUUCAAUUCAUUUUAAAUUCUUCUGUUAGAAAUAAGUUUUGUCUAUUCAUGCAGUAGCAUGUCCUCAUUUCAGCAACAGAAUGAAGCAGAGAGUUCAGAAGCACAAGUUGCAAAAUCUGAAGCAAUACCAGAACAUCUACAAGAAAGACGAGUCAUCCUUAUCGGAAAAAUUGGAGCAGGUAAGAGCCAUACCGGAAACGGAAUAUUAGGAAAACAGGUCUUCGAAAGUAAAAGAUGUUGGUCAUCUGUCACAAGGAAAUGUGAAUAUGGUGUAGGGGUCAGAAAUGGCUUUCUGUAUCGAAUAUAUGAUACACCAGGAAUGAAUUCACCCAAAGAUGUGGGAGAAGACGUAGAAACAGAUAUCAAACGAUGUUUGUAUUGUACAUCUCCAGGAUUUCAUGCUAUUGUUUUGGUUUUAUCAGCAGCAGAACGAAUAACAGCGGAAGAUGUGAAAAUGCUGAAACUUCUGGAUAAACUGUUAGGAGAAAGUGCGUUUACGUAUAUGAUCCUUGUUUUUUCAAAGUUAGAAAAUGACGACAUUCCACUAAAGGAAAUGAUGGCAGAGUCCACAGAAGUUGUUAAAUUGAACGUAAAAUGCAGUCGUAGAUACGUCAUAUUUGGGGACAAUAAAAAGGAAAUACCUUCUGAAUGUGUUAAAAAAUUUGACGAAGUGCUUACAAACCUAAUAAAGGAAAAUUCUAGACGGGGAAAAGAAUACUACACACAUGAUUACUACAAGAACGCAAUCAGAAUUCUUGAAAAAGAUAAAAAAGAUUACAUGAAAGAAAAUCCAGAAGUACCAGAGAGUGAAGCAAUGGAAACAGUGAGAAAUAGGGCGGCUGAGGGCUUGUCUCCGCGGGAUGAAGAAUUAAAAGGUUUAAAAAACUGUUGUGUCAUCUCGUGAAAUUGAUUAUGAAUUGAUAUUAUUUUACUUAAUUUUUAAGUUAAUGGAAUUACAAGCGUAACUCUGGUUUUAGUACUGUCAGAUUAUAAGGACACAAGAAGAGCUGUAAAAAA